GUCAAAAAUGUAAUGAUGGUUGUUAAGAAUAAACUAAAAAUGAUUACUUCUUUCUUGGCUUUUUUAACUUCUCUUGUUUAUGUAUACAGGUAAGUGCUUGGGCAGACAGGGAUAUAUUAGUUUCCUUUUGCACACAACAAGAAGUAAAGGCAACAUGGGGUGCCUUGCAAUUUCAUUUAUGUAUUCAAUAGAAUUCUCCAUUUCUCCGAAUUCAACCCUAUAAUUUAAUACUAUUACUACCACAGCUUUUCUUCUUUCUACUGUUUAAAGAAACCCCUUGCUACGAGACUGAGACCACCCAUAAAAUCCUCAACAAUCAAACCCCAUUCAGAAAUUGGAAAUCGAAAACUAUGGCAACCAAGAUUAGGUCAUUGGCAAUUUUUUUCAUCUUCCUCCUGUCUUCAAUUUUCUUCAGUGCAGAAUCUAAGAGCUCUAAAGCUAGCAAUAUCGCCUGGUGGUGCAAUGAGACACCACACCCUGAAACAUGCAAGUACUUCGUCAACCAAAGGCACCAACAUUUUGCACCCAACCAUCGGUCAGAAUUUCGCAACAUAAUGGUCCAAUUAGCCCUGGAGAGAGCCCUUAGUGCACAAAGGCAGGUCUUCAGAUUAAAACCGAAAUGCCAAAGUCACGACCAUAGAGCCGUGUGGAUUGAUUGUUUCAAACUCCAUGCCGAUACCAUUGUUCAACUAAACCGCACCCUGCAAGGUAUACAAACAAAGAACGGCUGUACAAAUUUUGAUGCACAAACUUGGCUGAGCACUGCCCUAACCAAUAUCCAAACUUGCCGAACUGGGUCGUUAGAUUUUAACGUGUCAGAUUUUAUCAUGCCAAUCAUGUCCAAUAAUUUAUCUGAGCUCAUUAGCAACAGCUUAGCUCUUAAUGGAGUUUUGCUUUCCGUAGAGGAUAAUAAUACAGAAGGAUUUCCUAGAUGGUUCUCGAGGAACGAAAGGAGGCUAUUGCAAUCUUCAUCAAUAACAGCCAAAGCAAAUCUGGUGGUAGCACAAGAUGGUUCGGGGCAUUUCAGGACUGUUCAGGCAGCUCUUGAUGCGGCGGCAAAGAGGAGAUAUGGUACUAGGUUUAUUAUCCAUGUGAAGAGAGGUGUUUAUAGGGAGAAUAUUGAGGUUGGCAUCAAUAAUAACAAUAUUUGGCUGAUUGGCGAUGGCCUGAGAAGUACAAUAAUAGCGAGUGGCAGAAGCGUUGGAGGUGGUUAUACAACCUACAGUUCUGCAACUGCUGGGAUUGAUGGCCUUCGCUUUGUCGCUCGCGGCAUAACCUUUAGCAACACAGCAGGUCCCCAGAAAGGCCAAGCAGUUGCACUUCGAUCUGCUUCAGAUCUCUCAGUAUUUUAUCGAUGCUCUUUCCAAGGAUACCAAGACACUCUUUUUGUCCACUCUCAACGACAAUUCUACAAAGCAUGCUACAUCUAUGGCACCAUAGACUUCAUUUUUGGUAAUGCAGCAGUUGUAUUUCAAAAUUGCAUAAUUUAUGUGAGGAAGCCUUUGAAUGGUCAAGCAAAUAUGAUCACGGCACAAGCCCGUAAUGACCCUUUCCAAAACACUGGAAUUGCAAUCCACAAUUCGCAAAUUUUGCCCGCACCGGACCUGAAACCGGUGGCUGGUGCAUUUCAGACAUACUUAGGGAGGCCAUGGAUGCAGUACUCUCGAACGGUGGUUCUUAAGACUUACCUUGAUGGUUUCAUUAAUCCUGCUGGUUGGUCACAAUGGGGAAAUGGUAACUUUGCUCUGGACACAUUGUACUAUGGAGAGUACAAGAAUUUUGGGCCUGGGUCUUCCACCAAACAAAGGGUUACGUGGAAAGGGUUUCAUGUCAUAACUAGCAGCACUGAGGCCUCUCGUUUCACUGUUGCCAGCCUUAUUGCCGGUCAGUCAUGGUUGCCAGCCACCGGUGUUCCAUUUAUUUCUGGCCUUUGAAUUUUCCCUAUUUAUGAUGCUUUUUUUAAAUACAUUAAUUUCUUUAUUGAUUCCAUUGGAAUUCUUUGUACAUUUUAUUACACAUUAAUUUAAAAGAUAUAACACUCUUCCUGAUUUGAGAUAA